AUCAUAGGAUUCCUCUGCACUCUGUCUAUUGACUCCUCCCUCAUUCCCGUCGCGUCUCUUCUCUGCUCAUCGAAAGUGUUGGCAGCUAGCUCAACCUGUGUGUCUAGGGUUCUUGGUGAUGGAAGCGCGGUGAUUCGAUGGCGACAAGGCUUCUGGAUUUGCCGCCGCUGGUUCUGCGGCGGGGGCGCGAGCUGGACUGCGGGAAGGCGGGGAGGAAGGGCGGGAGGUUUGGCCGAGUCAGGGGGAGUCGGGGUCGGAUCUGGUGCUGCUGCUCGAGCAUCGCAUUCCAAUUGUUCUCUCCCUUCCUCAGUCUGCUCUCACCUCCAAAUUGCUCGCUGAAACGCCUCCUCCAAUCAUCUCGGCCUCGACGCUAGCCGGUUGUCGAAUCCCACGCCAAGAAGAGCACCUAUUCUCCCUUCCUCUGCUUAGCUAAUGUUAAUUCCUUUUACUGAAUAUUGUCCAUUUCGUUGUGGCUAUUCCGCCUCCAAACUGCUCGUUGAAAUGCUUGCUCCAAUUUCUGCUCAUUUUCGAUUUCGGGUAGGGGGAAUCGGUUGGGGUUUCCUUGAAAAUUUCUUAAACCCGUGCAACCGGCCGGUUCUGAUAACAGUGCUUGGGUCUCCGUUUCCCUUCCAGAUCCUUCUCUCUCCCUCUCAACCAUUACGAAAAUUCUGCUAUCCACUCUCAUUUGAAAAGCAAAUUUGCCAAAAAAAAUCAAAUCGCAUUUAUAAAGCCAUUCCCUACAAACUGCAAUUGCAACUCUGCAGCUCUCCCUUCGAGCACGGUAGAGCACCUUACAGAAAGGUAUCUCCAGUUCUUUCCUUAGCCAAUUUCAAUAAGGUUUUCUAUAUGCAUUUCAUUGUUAAUCGUUAUGUUGAGUUUGAGUUUUCUCGAUUGAUUCGCUUUCAAUUGGCUCUUUGCAUAGCGAUGGGCAAUUGGACCCUCUAAAUUUGUUGCUUGCUUGCUCAGAGUUCUCUAUUUGUUGCUUGCUCUAAGUUCUCUUUGAGCAAAAGGUAAGUAGGGGUAGGACACUUUACAUAAAGUUGCCCCCCUAAUCCUUUUCCUUACUGUAAUAAGCAUACUUCAAACUUCCUAUUGGAAAUAUAACUUUUGAUGCAUGAUUGUGGUUUUAAAUAAACUCACUUUUUAUUAUGGAGUUUACAGAAAAAAAUUAUAGUUCAAAUUGAGAAAAUUGAGUUUAGCAGGAAAGAUUUUUGUUUUUGUCAAAGAAAAAAUAUAAUUGAAAUUUGUUUAAAUAGUCCUUUUAAUUUUUUUUUUUGAAGUUUUUUGUGGAUAUACAUUAUAUAGCUGUUUAUGUCAUUUCAUUUUCUUAGAAAUGUCUUCUAUUUUGUAAGAAUGCAUCCUUUCAUUGAUGAAAGUUUUUUCUGAGUUGCCACUGUUAGAUUUUGGUGCUUUUCGUCAAGUCAAAUAUGGACUUAGUUACUGUAUAUUAUUUUUGUUUGAGUACAUCAAGGUGCUCCAUGUUUUAUUUUGUGAAAAUGCUGAAUAUCCCAUUUCUGUUGCAGAAAAAAGGAUUGGAUGAACUCAUGAUGUCAUAAUUCCAGCUAUUUAGUUUAGUUCUGAAUCUAGUCAAAUCACAGAGUGAGAAAGAUCUUUAAGUAAGCAGUGGCUUCUUUCAAAGCUCAAGCAACUUGUGACUUCUGUCGCUUUGUGUACCGGAGGAUUGGCUCCUUAACCUGCAGAAACACAAGAAAUGCGGUAUCUCAUCGUUUAAUGAAAUUGAAAGAAAUCUUGAGCCUGUGCAGAGUCCAUUCUUAUUCUUAAAUGGAGGAUCUGAGAGUUACCGUGCUCGUCUUCCUCGGGCGUUUAUCUUGGGUUGACCUGCUACAAAGAACGGUGUCCCCCUCUUCGCCAUUUGGGGUGCCAAUGUUUGCUCGGGCAUUGCCAUUCCCGGGGACGAAUUAUUGUCAUUCCAAUCCUUGAUGAGAACAGAGAGUUAGAUCAACCCAGCUAGCUAGGCAAAGAUGGAUCCAUCCACAAGAAAACUCCAUGCCCUCUGCCUCCCUAGCCCUGCUCAGAGCCACAUCGGCACCAUGCUGAAACUCGCGAAGCUCCUCCACCACCGGGGCAUCCAUAUUACCUUCGUCAACACGGAGUUCAACCACAGCCGCCUGCUCAGGUUAGCCAAAGGAGGCCCGACCUACCUCGAUCGCCUCCCUCCGGAUUUCCAGUUUGUUGUCAUCCCUGACGGGCUUCCUCCCUCGGAGUCGGACGCGACCCAGGACCUCAAGACCAUGUGCGACUCCGUGAGGCACCACUUGGUGGCCCCCGUCUGCAGCCUCAUCGGGGAUCUGAAUGAGAGGGCGGCUUCUGACCCGACGCUCCCACGGGUGUCCUGUAUCGUGGCGGAUGGUUUCAUGACAUUCUCGGCCUGCCCUGCUGGUGAAAAAUUCGGGAUCCCUGUCGUGAACUUGUUUACCAUUUCAGCUUGCUCCCUCAUGGGAUUUAUGCAACUCCACCAGCUUAUGGAGAAAGGCUUCAUUCCACUGAAAGCAGAUGAGACCUAUUUAACAAGCUGCUACUUGGACACAACAAUCGACUGGAUUCCAGGCAUGAAAAGCUUAAGGCUCCGCGACCUUCCAAGGUUCUUCCGCAGUAUGGACCCCGAUGACAUCUUGUGUAACUUCUGCAAAGAUACCACCGCGAGAGCUGAUAAAGCUGAUGCGACGAUCAUUCACACAUUCGAUGCGCUCGAAUCAGAUGUUCUUGGUGCUUUGUCGGUAUUGUUACCGAGGCCGGUUUAUGCAAUCGGCCCAUUCGAACUGCUUCUCGAUCGGAUUCCGGAGCGCAAGAACAGUCUCAAGCACAUUGCGUGCAAUCUAUGGGAGGAGGACAUAGAGUGUCUCCAAUGGCUCGACUUACAGAAACCCAAAUCUGUCCUUUACGUGAACUUUGGAAGCGUCGUAUUCUUGACGCCAGAACAGCUAGUCGGGUUCGCUAUGGGAAUGGCUGACAGCGAACAUCCAUUCUUAUGGAUAAUUCGGUCUGACUUGGUGAGCGGGGACACCGCAAUUCUCCCUCCGGGGUUCAUCGAGAAAACGAAAGGGAGGGGGUUUAUUUGUGACUGGUGCCCUCAGGAGGAAGUGCUCAAGCACCCUUCCACCGGCGCAUUCUUAACUCACUGCGGGUGGAACUCGACUAUCGAGGCCCUGACUGCUGGGGUCCCUAUGUUGUGUUGGCCCUGUCAAGGCGACCAACCGACCAACUGUAGAUACAGUUGCACGGAAUGGGAGGUCGGGUUGGAGAUUGACAGUAAUGUGAAGCGAGAUGGAGUGGAGAGGCUCGUGAGGGAGUUGAUGGAAGGAGAGAGAGGGAAGCAUUUGACGGAUAGAGCCAUGGAAUGGAAGAAACUCGCAAUUGGGGCGACCGAACCGCAUGGUUCAUCGUCCGUGAAUCUAGAUAAUCUGUUUUACAAUGUUCUGUCUAGAUGAAUUUUGUCUAGUCAAUAAUCCUCUUAAAUUCCAAGUGACAUGAACAUUCAGUUUCUAUUGAUUUAUAUUGUGUGUUUAUAUAUAAGAAAAGUGACAUGUUUUCUAUAUUAAA